AUGGAAGUCGUGGAUUAUGACCCAGAGUUGCCAGCGAUCAAGUUUUCCGAUGGGAGCUGGGAAGCGGUCGACAGGGUAGUAGCGUAUGAUAGCGUCAAGAGCAAAGCUGCAAGAAUUGUCAGCGGAGGAGAAAAACCCCCAAAGGCAACCGGGACGUCGGCUUUUAGGAUGAUGAUUCCGGAUGAAAAGAUGGCCGGUGUCAGCGAGAGGUUCAAAGAGAACAAUCUAAUCCGCGAGAAGUUCAACAAGGACAACAGUGCAGUUUGCGAAGAGUGGACAGCCAGAUGCGACAAGCAGGUGCUUCUCGAUGAGUUCGGGCACUGGCAUCCAUUGUUCCAAGAGAUUUUCAAGGCCGCAGACGAUGAUCCAUUACUGUGGAAGGGGUGUUCAAGGGCGCCUCGGGACACUCUCCACAAAGGCAAGCUGUGCAUGCUCGGGGACGCAUUGCAUCCGAUGCCUCCUUUCCGAGCUCAAGGAGGCAGCCAGUCCAUCGAGGAUGCCGGGGCGCUUGAGAUGAUCGCCACCAACCUGGUCGACAGGUCAGAGCUGCCGAAACGGCUGGAGAUGUUGGAUAGACUGAGAGUCCCGAGGUACUCAUGUGCCCAGAUGAUCUCAUCCGUCCGUCAGGACGAACUGAACAUGGAAGAACGCUAUAUUGAGGUGCUCAACCAAUGCCGAAAAUGGUUUGAGGGAGAGGACCAAUCUCACCGUAAGGCGGUUUCUCUGAUAUCCAAAGAAAUAAUCGGCCCACGAACAGACACAGUGAGACACAGGGCGGCUUUCCAACAGUGGCUACACUCAUAUGAUGUCGGAGACGCUGCAGGCAGAGCUGUCAGCAAAGAGACGUAG